AUGCCACAACUUGAUCCUCUUCAUAAGUUUAAGAAGCAAUUUGAGCAGUUUAUUGAGAAUAAUCCAAAUGUUAAGUCGGCAGCAAGGUCAGCGUCGCAAAUUCCUGAGUCAGCCAAGGCUGUGAUUAUUUUGUCACCGCUAUCCCUCCAGCAUCGGUUUUCAAGAAAUUGGGUAUCUAAAUCUUAUAAGAAAACGAUUGUGGAGAGGCCUGAGCGGUUGUUGGCUUCUUGUAUGGGCAUUGCAGCUGCGAUUACUAUGUAUCCUGCGCUAUUUACGUUGAAAUCUUCAGAUAAUCGGCAAUCAUCUUUAUUGUCGUCACAUGUUUUGAAGGUGCAUGGUAGUGAUUGGCCGAAGGAGUUGCUACGGCUGUGCCGGGGGGCAAAGGAGAAGAUUGGUAGGAAACAGGUGGAGGUGCCCGAUGAGUGGAAUGUGGGUGAUAUAUAUCUUUGUGAGGAGACUGUGUAUGCAUUGCGUGGGUCUAUUGGGGCGGUUGAGUAUGGGGUUGAUUCUAUUUUUAAGGGGGAAGUCAAUAAAGACACAGCUAACAGGGCGUUUGUUGCAAUAAGACCACCGGGCCAUCAUUCGCAUGCGGCGACGCCCUCUGGGUUUUGUCUUUUGAAUAAUGCGCACAUUGCUGUAGAGUAUGCUGCUGACACCUAUGGCGUCACGCAUGCGGUGAUUUUGGAUUUCGAUCUUCAUCAUGGUGAUGGCACACAGGAUAUUUGCUGGAAGCGUGCUGGGUUUAAGGCAGACGACAUUCAGGAUGCAAAGGGGGAAUAUAAUGAGUUUGAUAAGAAAUUUGCCGAGUUCCCCAAAGUGGGUUAUUUUUCCAUGCAUGAUAUAAAUUCGUUCCCCACAGAACUUAAUUAUGCGUCAAAGGAUAAAGUUAAAGAUGCGUCGACGUGCAUCAUGGACGCCCAUGAUGUCAACAUAUGGAACAUACAUCUACUGCCGUAUGAGACGGAGGAGGAGUUUAAUAAGCUAUAUCAAACCAGGUACCGAACUCUUUUUGCCAAAGCGGAUGAGUUUUUCAAGGCCGCUAAACUCAGCAUGGCCAAAGAUGGGAAACCGUUUAAGGGCUUGGUUGUAAUGAGCGCUGGCUUUGACGCUUCCGAAUACGAACAAGUCUCCAUGCAGAGGCAUGGAGUAAACGUGCCAACCUCGUUCUACAGCACUUUUACCAAGGAUGCGUUGAAACUAGCGCAGAUGCACACGAAUGGUAAGAUCAUAUCGUUACUUGAAGGUGGAUAUUCCGAUGCUGCUAUUGCAUCAGGUGUCUUUUCCCACUUGAUUGGUUUGCAGAACCAAAACUGGAUCACAGAAUGGGGGUCUGCGCAGGUUGUCAAGGAAAUUGUACGUGGCUGCAAGCCUCGUUGGAAGCCUUAUAAAACGAGAAAGGCUGGCGAUGUGAUUCGUAUAUGGGCGGAAGAAGUUAUCCGGUUGGGCAGAAGUAUGAUCACAGAAUUUGAGGAGUUACUGUUCAGUGAUGGACUGGUAUCUGAUUUCAAUGUUCCCAGAGUGACUCGUUCCAGGCAUUCGGAAGUGGUGGCUAAGUUGGAACUGCAAGAUGCCAGUAGCCUCCCGCGUUCGGAUACUCCGACUCCUAAGGAAAGGAAGAGCGCAAGUGCAGGCUCCAACAACACCAAUGGCUCAACAACAACCAAACAAGUUCCGUUUGUUGAGCAGGAUCUCAUAAACGGCACAGACGAUGAGGACGAUGAGAACUACGUCUACGAUGAAGAAUUAAACAAAACUUUCAACCGCACUGUUGAGGAUAUUGCGAUAGACGACAUAUCGAGACACUUGGAAACCUUAGAAUUGGUCCAAGAGUUUGCUGAAAGGCCCAAGGAACCCAUCCGUGCUCGUCCAGCAACCCAACCACAACACAACCACGACCAUCAGCAACAACACCACCACCACCACCAACAAGCGGCUAAUUACCAAAGGACAAAUGCCACUGCGCCGGGGGGAUACAGAGUCCCAUCAAACGACACCACCCGCCAUCUAAGAAACAGCAGGACAUCAAAGUUUCUCAAUAUCGAAGAUAGCGAUAUCUCCAUGAUUUCAAAUGUUUCCCCCUCCAAAAAGCAUUUUAUAAGGGGUGGCAGUAGUGGCAGAUACAAAUCCUAG